AUGCCAUCAUACUCGGAACCGCCUACUCCCAUACAUGAGGUCGAUUACUUGUGUACACAAUUAGAGACGAGUUCAUGUGACGACAUUAACAACUUGAAACUUCUAGGGAAAGUCAAGGGUUCUAGCUACGGCGCGCGAGAAGAGAUCGAUAGGUUCCUGAAGGAUCAUGCUAAUGAGGAUCUCGGAAACUACAUCAGCGAACUAAGAUGUUUCGCGCGCUCGAAUGGAGGGCUCGUACUCGACGAGUACCGUGCCAAAAUAUGGCCAGUACUGGCCCGACGACUUGUACAGUCUGAUGAAGACGAAGAUAUUGAUUAUGAUUCAAUUUCAUCUGUUUCUGAUUCCAUUUCGGUGAAGUCAUCGUCGACUCAAGACACAACUCACGAAUCAGAAGAUGAAGAAGAACUGAGAUCACAUCCAGAGUGGAAUCAGGUUGCACUCGAUGUUCACAGGACGUUGGCAAGGUUCCCUCCUAACAUAUCGGACGAAAAACGAACAACUCUUCAGGAUCAGCUCAUUCCUUUGAUUGUUCGAGUUUUGCGCAGUAAUCCGCGAUUUCGGUAUUAUCAAGGCUUCCACGAUGUUUGCUUAACGGUUAUAUUGGUAUGUGGAAAGGAUGUCGCCUAUGAAGUAUGCAAGAACCUUGCUACUCACGGACCAUUUCGGAGUUAUUUGUUGAAGAGUUUAGAGAAGAGCGUACUAAAGGAGUUAGAACUACUGUAUGUGAUAUUGUCCAGAGCAGACCCACAAUUAGAACGAGUUCUGCGAGAAGUACAUUUGGGUACUAUGUUUGCUCUGAGCUGGCCACUUACAUGGUUCAGCCACUCGCUCAAUCAUUAUCAGCAGGGAGAUGCCAAUUAUUCAUCAACUUCUUAUGAAUAUGCCAAACGAGAUCCACUUGGAUGCCAUUUUGUCGGAUUCAUUAUAUCUCGCUUCACUUAUGCCACCACUCGCUCUGAAAAAGCCAUUUUGUCGGAUUCAUUAUAUCUCGCUUCACUUAUGCCACCACUCGCUCUGAAAACAGAGUUCUCCCGGCUGUACAGGCAGCGCAUUAAGGCCCGAGCAAUCAAUCGAAGAUGGGCACCAGUCUCGAGAUACGCUAUCACGAUGGUUGCAGCAGUUGGAAUAGCAGGAGCCGCUUACUAUUUUAACCUAGGCAAUAGAUUUGCUUUUUCUCUAUGA